GCGAACCGCUUACACGUUCUAGAUUGUCGCUUACAAUCAAAUAUCAAUCGAUCAUUGCGACAAAAAACCAACUCAUAAAUAUCUAUAAACUUCAAAUAAAAACAUUGCACAACACUAUUGACUAGAAUCCGUCGUUCGAAUUUCAAAUUUAGAAUGAAAGCGGACUUUUUUUGUGACAGGAUUGGGCAUUUUGAAAAUCGAAUAUGCUUUCGGUAGUGACGUGUGUGUUAUCGAUAAACCGAUUAAUUAAAUUGUGAAUUAAGUGUCAGUGAGUGAGAAUCAGUGCUAGUGUUUCAAGUUGAAGUUGUUCCGUGAACUUUAUGGGUAACAGUGGACGCUAACCAAGUUACCCAUUGAGCGAAACAAAACACUGUCAACAGACUAAUGCUGGUUUAAGUGUGAACGAUUUCCAAAUGCGGGCUACGAAGAUGACGUCGUCGCACUGUCGUAGUGUGACGCCGCCGUUAUCGCGCGCGUCGUCGACCGAGCUCGUCGGCUGUCAAACUCCCGUCUCUCCUGACGUGUCGAGACGCGCGCUGUCUCCUGAUGUCUCGCGACGCGCGUUGUCCCCUGACGUCAUCGACUUCGCGCGCCACCGGACUCUGUCUCCCGUCGACCGCUACCGACCUCUUUCUCCUGACCUUGCGAGACGGUCGCGCUCUCCUGGGAGACCUCGGUCGCUGAUGGAGUCGCUGCUGGUUGCCAAAAUGGAAGCUCUAAGCACGGGGAAGCUGGUCAGGACCGACUCUAUGGAUAGCUGCAGCAGUUUCGGGUCGAUGUCGUCGCUGCCAAGUGAUGUGUGCCGCUGUGACGACUGUCUGCUUGGCAUCGUGGACUUUUAUAUGCCAAGUCCUGAUUCUAGUAAAGGAUUGAAAAAGCAAUCAGAAAGAUGGCGUAAACUCCGCAACAUAGUGCAGUGGACGCCGUUCUUCCAGACCUAUAAGAAGCAGAGGUACCCGUGGAUACAGCUAGCAGGGCACCAGGGCAACUUCAAGGCGGGACCUGACCAGGGCACGAUCCUGAAGAAGCUGUGCCCGCAAGAGGAGAUGUGUUUUAAGUUACUGAUGAAGGAUAUUCUGCGACCAUUCGUCCCAGAGUACAAAGGCCAAGUCACAUGUGAAGAUGGAGAACUAUACUUACAACUACAAGACUUGCUGAGCGACUUCGACUGUCCGUGCGUCAUGGACUGCAAGAUCGGCGUGCGGACAUAUCUCGAGGAGGAGCUGGCCAAGGCCAAGGAGAAGACCAAGCUGAGGAAAGAUAUGUACGAAAAGAUGAUCCAGAUAGACCCAAAGGCACCUUCCGAUGAGGAGCACCGGAGCAAAGGAGUCACCAAGCCUCGGUACAUGAUCUGGAGAGAGACCAUCAGUUCCACGUCGACUCUUGGCUUCAGGAUCGACGGGGUGAAGAAGGCUGACGGCACCAGCUCCAAAGACUUCAAGACCACGAAGACCAGGGAGCAGAUAGUGGAGGCAUUCAAAGAUUUCACCAGCAGCUUUCCAAAUUCUGUGCCAAGAUACCUAGAGCGCUUAAAGAGCAUCCGCGCUACCGUCCAGGAGUCUCACUUCUUCCGCACCCACGAGCUCAUCGGCAGCUCCCUCCUCUUCGUCCACGACCAGCGGCGAGCCUCCAUCUGGAUGAUAGACUUCGCCAAGACCGUCCCCGUCCCAGAAAACGUCAACAUCGACCACAACUCUGCCUGGAAGGUCGGCAACCACGAGGAUGGCUACCUCAUCGGACUCAAUAACCUCAUCUCCAUCUUCGAAACCCUCGCCAAAGACGGAAUCGACCUGCCCAGAGAUAGCUACACCAACAUCAAACUAGAUCUCGAUAACGUCAGACAAGACCGUUUAGCGACUUGAUUGAUAGCAUCUCUAAAUUGAAAGAGACUUGACAUAAUCUCCAUACGUCUGUAUGGACUGAAUUUAAUUCUACGUUUCGAUCACGUACGACGAUAUUGUAUAUUGAUUUGUAAAUAGCGUUAGUAUUAUAAACCGUACUGUAUUAUUAAGUUUUGAAUACUCAAACUAGUUUGUACGUAAUUCACCACCAAUAAAUACUAUAGUUUGUUUUGGAAUUAAUGUAGAGUAUAUUUUUUGUAUAUAAGCUAGACUCAUGGACUGCCAUAGAAAUGUAAUUCAGUUCUGUAUCGAUCAACUUGACUGUGUUAAAUUAAAGUUUCACAAAUACAUAAAAGUUAUUGAUUUAAAAAUUGAAGUUAAUUGUAUUUAAAUAUACGAAUGUAAUUGAGAAUUGUCAAAUAAAUCUUAUUUAUUUUGUUGUAAAUACACUAUAUUAGUGUAACGCCUAGAAUUAGUUU